AUUUAAUAUGCGUCAGUCGAUUAUACAAAACCCAGCAAGCAACGUUCGAUUUUUCUACUUAAUAAUGUUAUUUUUGGUAGAAAUCGGUUACUAGUUUUGCGAAGAAUUGUGUAGAAAUCGCGUACACAUAUAUAUAUUAUAAACAAUAUACAUGUAUAAUAACACAACAACAUGUUUAUCGGACGUCAACACCGCCAGAACCACACCGCAUCGUGUCGCAACAUGUCAUCGUUUUGCCUGAAUUCUGUGAUCUUAAUGACCGUGACCACGGUUGUGGUGACACACGCCGCAUUUACUGGGAGCACCACCUUAAAUGACGAACCGGGCAGUGAUAUUCAUCUGKUCAAGGAGGACGUCGACUACAAAGAAAACAACUCCGAUAGCGAAGAAGGUUUUUUUUUUACCAUCACAAAUUUUUUCGGACGCAGAAGACACGAUGAGGAUGGUGACAAACCAGAUUUCAUCACCACUUUUGACAUAAUCAGGCUUUUGGACGAGAAAUACGCUAUGAAACAAUUUUAUUGCGUUAUAAAUGAAGAUUCGUGUGACGCCGUCGGAUUGAGACUCAAAGCUACUAUACCUGAAGAGAUAAACAAUGAUUGUGAACGCUGUACCUCAACAGAGACCAGCAAUAUCCGACGAAUUUUAAAUUACGUGAAAAAACACUAUCCAGAAUUUUGGGAUCGUGUCGAACCAAUUUAUAGAACUAACAAGACUACAGCUUAAACUAUAUUAAUAUCGUUCAAGUACAUAGAAUAAUUAAAAACAACGUAAAUAAUGACAAAUUUGUUCAUAAAUA